AUGGUCGCAAAGUACUCAACAAAGCUUCACUUUCUUCUUCUUCUUCUUCUGUUAACCCGUUCUGCAACUCCAUUAAACUUCAGUUUCUCCAACUUCAGCGGCAGUUACUACCCCAACAUAUCCACAAAAGGUGAUGCUUUUUUCGAGGGCGGAUUCCUCCGCCUCACCAAAAGCGGGGAAGACCAGCAAAAGAACGGCAGCGCCGGCCGAGCCAUCUACCGCCAACCCUUCCUCCUCCGCGAAAAGGCCACCGGAAAACUCGCGGACUUCACCACCAGUUUCAACUUCACCAUCGACUCGCUCAACAAUCCACCUACGGCGACGGCCUCGCCUUCUUCAUAG